AUGGCAGCAGGUACCGCCAGCCCUUCGCUGACAUCUUCUGUGCUUGCAGAGAUGCAGAGCCAAGGGAAGGUGAUGGAACAAGAUGAGAGCGACAUCAAUGGCGCUGCCGGAGUGCUCUAUGCAGCCGGCACAGAAACCUUUUUGUUUUCGAAAAAGGCUCAGGAAGAGAUGGAUAGGGUCAUCGGGUGUGGAUGUCUUCCCGAGCUUGAUGACCGGGCAUGGGGAUGUCCAGCCCCUCUUGGAUUGGUGCACAGACUCAUGUCCGACGAUGAGUACCGCGGAUAUGACAUAGAUGAGGGCUCGACAGUGCUCCCAAACAUCUAG